UUAGAGAUUGAGUGAAAUAACACGUGACGCAGCUCUUGGCAAGCCUCUGGACUAUGAAUUGUUUAACGAAGAAAGAGAUAGCCUCGUGAAGAAAAUUCUCGACGUACGGCAUGCGCAGUGCCGCACACGGACUGUUUUACAAAUGCAGAAAGUUGGCAAUCUCGGUAACGGAAAAUCGAGCUCGCAGCACCGUGCUAUCUCCCUCUAAUCUCUCCGUGCGCUCUUAAUAUCGCCGCUCCUGCAUAUUCGCUUAAUAUCUGCUUAAAAAAAAAGAAAAAGAAAAAAAAACCUGGAGAAUUACGAAAUUCCUCGCGCAUACCGCGCGUCGUGUCGAAAGAAGUCGACGAAGAUUAUUAUACGUUGUGUUUUGUAAGCAACUCUGUGUGUUAAUUAUGCUACACCAACGUGACAACAUACCACUCUCGGCUUCCGGUCGCAACCAAUUUCUACAUGAUAAUUGAUUCGAGAUGGUCGUGCGAAUGCAUUAUUACCGGGCUGGACGUAACUUUUAAUCGCGCCGACAACGUCGAGUGACAUUUAGUUAUUGUGCAAAUAAUGCCAGUGUAAAUAAUUGUAAUAUGCUAACUUGUGCCAAUCGUGGAUAUUAAUCAUUCUCCUAAAUUCGUUUCGCGCUGAGAAACAUUAGAGGUCGACACAACCUGUUGCACUUUAGCCGAGACAUACUGCCGAUUUAAAUAAUUGCGCAUUAGUGCGAUGGAGUCUCGCGGAGCCGGCUUCUACUAUGAGUUGAGGCUUCGUAAUUAAUCGGGACUGGCAUGGAGAAGGAGAACUCCGCAUCAGGCGGGGGCGGUGGAGGCGGCGGAGGUGGCGGAGCUGAAGCGGCGGCGGCGACUCCGGGCGCCACCUCCACCUCCGAGAAGCUCCAGGCGGACCAGGCCAAUCCGUUGCUCGAUCCUACUGCACUCUUCGGCGCAGCAUACUGGUCUCGAGGCGACAGCGCAGCAUCGUCACUCUUCGGCGGGAUGCCGGGUGGUUAUGGCCUGGGGGCUCCCCAUUUGCCCUCGGCUUACGCUAUUCUGGGCCGAGGGGGCUCAGCGCCUGGCUUUGGGGGUCACACACCAGCCUCGGCACCACCCCCGUCCCCGUACCCUCACAGCAGCCUCGGUACGCUCAGCGUGGCCGCCAGUCAAGCUGCAAGUCUGGGCAUCAAUCCAGCAGCCACUGCAUGGUGGACAAUGGCCUCUCAUCUGGCGGCGCAAGACUACCUCGCGAGGCUACAAGGAGCGGCAGGACUCCCAGGAUUUCCGCCCGGCACCGAGAGCCUCCUGCCACCCUAUCCCGCCUCUCUACUUAAUCCCCCGUCCCUCUCGUCCCACAAGUCCAGUAAGUCUAAGUCAAGCAAGAGUCACAAGACACCGCCAGCUAGCAGUAGUAGCUCAACAACGCCAAGUAUGACGAGCAGCAGCCUGCCGGUGUCCACUCAACCACCAGUGACAUCCUCUCAUCAUAGUACCCCGGUCAGCAGUACGCCAAAUUCGCAAUCCAACGUCGUCAGUUCUGCGAAGGAAGGAAGUGAUCCUAGCAGUAUAUUGGGUGGUGUGCGCCUACCUCCCGACACGGAGAUUAUCAAGUAUACGUCGAGUAUAGUCGGUCCGAAGGUUCCUGGAACGACAAACCGCGGCAGGAAGAAGACAAUAUCCUUGGAUACUCCCAGCGUCAGCGUACAUCCGCCGCCUGUCCCAACCCUUAGCGCCCAUCAGACAAACACGACGUCGUCCUCGUCGCUAAUGAUAGAACCGAGAAAGUACAAUCGCACGGGGACCGACUCGAACGAAUACAGAGAUUCAGUGGAUCGAGUAGAAGUAAUCAAACUGCCGGCCCAUUCAACGAACGGCUCCGUUCUGUCGGCGCCACCGACGUAUACUAGCAGCGGUAGCAGCAGUAGCAACAACGCGAACAACAACAUCAACGAUUCGGACGCACCCCUAAAUCUCUCCUUAAAGCCCGCCACGACGAGCAGUAGCUCGCCAAUUUCUGGUAGUCAGCCGCUCAGUCAGCUCAGUAAUUUAAGCCAAUCGUUACUUGCCUCUGAUCGAACGUCGAGACGAAAACCCGGACCAAAGCCAAGAAGAGUUCCGCAGAAUUCGGUGCCGGUGCCGGCGUCACCUAGUCCCUCCUUGGCGCAGCUUUUCGCUGCCGCAGACUCGCCACAGCGGCCGAGUAGCGGCAGCGAGGAAAGCGAGAGUGCAAGCUCUGCCACCCAUCACAAGGACGGUAGGCCGCGAAAUCUCGGUCGCGGUGUAUCGAAGCCUAAGAAGAACACGGUCGCGUCGUUGUUGGCUCAAAGCAGAGCUCUAGGGAUUAAGCCCACCCCGACUUUGGAUCCAAGUGUGCCAUUGUCUCACCAAGUAUCGUUGCUGAGGUCGAAUAUACUGGCUGCUCAACUGCACGCUUCCGUCGCUACUGGUCAGAGUGACGAAAAGAACCAGUACUAUCACUUGCUAACGAAGAUACAGAAGAAGAAGCGACCUCGACCAAUUCGUGCUUCGUGGGCGAGGAGCCAUGAAAAGAUGAAAAACAAGUUGCUGGAGGCUUCGGGAGAAGAGAGUAACAUGGACGUGACCAGCGAAAGCGGCAGUAAUACCGAUGUUGUCACGGAUACUGAUGACGACAAUGCGGAAGGCACACCUAGCGCGAAGAGGAGGAAACUCAAACCCAGCGAAAGAGACCUUCAAAUGCCGUUGGAGCGCGGUUGGAAGCGUGAAACGGUUAUCAAGGGACUAGGAAAGACGGGAGUGAUAAAAGGCGACGUGUCGUAUUACAGCCCCUGCGGGAAAACUUUUAGGAGCAGUCCCGAUCUAGUGAAGUUUCUGGAACAUCAAAAUCCAGCCGAAUUAACUACCGCCAACUUUUCGUUUUCCUCUCGUCCGUUGGUGGGGGAAUUCCUGCAGCCAACGAUGGGUUUAGCAGAGGCUGAAUUCGUCAGACUCGGUGCUCAGGAAGUAGCGCGAAGACUGGAAGAACUCAGAGCGGCUGGUGGCUUUAGAGACGUACGGACGAACAAUCAAUAUGAUAGAGAGAAGCUAGCUUAUGCGAAAAAACUCGCGAAGGAAGAAGCGCAACGACAUAAAGAACAAGCUAGGCUUAUCAAGGAGCAAGAGAAGACAGAACGGCUGGAAGCUGUCAGACGAGAGCGGGAGAUCAGGAAUCAACAACUGCUCGAGGGUCGAAAGCGGCUCGCGUUCACGAUCAAGCAGAAAAUGAAGAUCAUCCAAGAGAUCGAGCGCGGCAAGAGCAAGAGCGACGUGGCUCGCGAGCUGGGUCUGGCGAGCAGUACGGUUGCCACCAUUUGGAAGAAUCGCGAGAGCAUUGCCGAGAGCUGGCGCAACCGGGACAUGAUGCACCAGGCAGACAUCGAGGACGUACCGUCGAAGAAGCCGCCGCCGCCGCCGAUGUCGUCCCUCGUGUCGACCACCGCCGCGUACUGCACGCCGGGAAGAAUGACGACGAUGACGACGAUGACGACGAUGACGACGACGACCGCGAUCACAACGACGCCGCCGUCUCUGGUCACUGGCGUGGUUGUGCCUCCGCCUCCGCAGGUGCAGGUGCAGGUACCGCCGCCGGUACUACCGCCGCCACCACUACCGCCGCCACCUUACCCCACCUUGACCCUGCCGCCGGCGUCGGCGGGCCUUGUGCCAUCACCGCAGCCGACGGCGCCGAUCUCGUCUUCGUCGAACCUGUCAUCGACCACCACGUCGACCGGUACGACGACCACGGCCAUGCCGCCGGACAAUACCCAGCAGGCACAGACCCAGACGCAGAGUCAGGAACUUCUGGAGGCACGGAAAAAACGGCAGGAAGAGGUGGAGAAGAUCCGACUGGAAGAACAACAAAGGAAGCAACAGGAACGGGAGCUGAAGAGGCAGCAAGCGGUUAUGCUGAAGGAGCAGAUGUACAUGCAGGAGCUCACCAAGCAGCGCGAGAUGCUCUACACCGUCGAGCUGGAAAGAGAAAGAAGGAGGCAGCAUAUGGCUCUGGUACGGGCACUAGAGAACCGUCGGAAGAUGGAGGAGAAAGAGAAGAAACGCUUGGAGGCCAGGGCCGAGAGAAUAGCGACGAAGGAAAAGCGGGCGGAACAGAGAAGAGUCGAGUUGGAGUUAAUCGAACAAAUUCGCAAACCCGUAGAGGAUAUGGAACUGACAGAUCAUAGACCACUGCCAGAAGUCAAAAGAAUACCUGGACUUAAGCUCUCAGGGCAAGCAUUCGCAGAUAUCGUCAUGGUCUUCGAAUUUUUGCACAAUUUCGGGGAGACUUUGGGAUUUGACAUGGAAUCGCUACCGAGCUUGAAGAGUCUUCAACUUGCCCUUCUCAAUGAUGAAGAAGCUGAGGAGGAAAUGCUGUCGGUUAUGACACACCUGUUGGUGUGUGCUAUUGAAGACCCAGGAAUCCCGCAACCGGCCAGACAUACUACAGGCUUAGGUCAAAGUUUACGUCAAGCUGACAUCACUCACGCCAACAUCAGUGAAGUACUGCGAAUUUAUCUAUACGCGAACGCAACCGGCGAAGUAAAGGCUCUGACAGGGGUGUGCCUUGAGCGUGAGCGUGACAAGAAAUUUGCCGAUCAUCAUCAGAACGGCGGCGAUUACGCUUCAACCUGCUCGGGAAAGAAUGCGCAGUUCUAUGAGCACUUACAUAACAACGAAACAUGGAAGAUGUCGGAAAGAUUGCGAGACAAGCCUUUCUUAGCAUUGAAUCCGACGCAUAAGGCACAGAUGCUCGCUUUCCUUUGCAAUGAGUUACUGCAAAAUAAGGCUGUGAUCAGACAGAUAGAGGGUAGCCUCGAGACGGUAGCUCAGCUGAGGAAAGAGAGAUUCGUAUUAGAUACCAAAAUCAGAAAGCUUAGACAAUUACAUAGUCGAAAAGUCCGAAUGGAAGCCGUGGGUGUCAUUGUUAAUAAGAUUGGCGACACGAUCACCAUCGAGAAGAAGGAAGGUGAGGAAGAAGGCAAUACUACAUCUACUGCCGUAGGUACGACACCUACACCAGACGAGAUUCAUCAUGAGGACGAAGUAGAAGACAUGUCUGAAAACGAGAGUGAAGGCACUCAGCCAGAAGAGGAGGAGGAUAAGAAUUUAUCUGGAGAAGAAUUGGGUAAGAAAUUGGAUAAACUAUUGAAGCAAUCAGAGGAACAACUACAAAAGUUGAACAGCUCUUCGAAGCAACUCCGUGCGCACAUAUUCGGCCAGGACAGGUAUUGGAGGAGAUAUUGGGAAUUAGCAUGCGCCGGCGGCAUUUUCGUGGAAGCUAUGGAGAGCGCCGAACCGGAGGUUCUCGACCUCCAAGCCGAGCUCGACGAGAAGUACAAAAACAUGCCGAUAGAGGAGAAGUCUGAAGUGAAGCAAGAGGGUGAAAGCAAGAAUUCUGAAAAUCGCGAAAAUGUAGCACCAAACGAAGUUAAGGCUGAAAAGAAACAUAAUUCGAGUGAGCAGAAUGAGAACAUGAAAUCUCACGGGGAUAAGAUGAAGUCCGAGGAGGUCAACUGUAAGAAGGAGCCUGUACAAAAUUGCGGUUCGGAGAAUGUAAAGGAGGAGAAGAGAAAUAAUGAUGUUGAUAGUACAAUGACAGAUGCGAAGACGAACGUCACAUCCGAAGAAAUAAAACAGGAGACGGAGGUGAUCAAUACAGAUGUCGAUAUGAAAGAAGAAGUGAAAAAGGAGAAUGAAGAGACGGACGAAGAUAUGACGAAACCACUGGUGAAAACGAUGGAGGAUAAAAUUGUCGAAACAAUACCGAAUGGCGACAAGUUCAACCAUGUCAAUAAUCUACACAACGGGAAAGAACUCAACGGCUCCUUUAUUUCCAUUAUGUCGAUUAUUUCAGACAAUAGCAAUGCCGAGCCUAAUUGGUUUUCCAUCUUACCGCGUGAAACAUGCGAUACUCCGGGACCUAGCACUAAGCAAAUCUUUGGCAUAGCCGAGCCGACUGAGCUCAGAAUCCCAAUAUUUCCACCGCCCGCUAGUCCGAGUUACGAUAGAUGCGAUAGUCCAGCACCCCUGAUAUUAACUCAAGAUGAGGCAGCACAACUAGAAUAUUUGAAAGUGCACGGUUUACCGCCUCCUGGUGAAGCCAAACCGGUGUCAAAAGAUCUAAGAUAUGGUUGGUGGAGGAUAACAGACGUUGACACGUUCCAAGAACUUCUCGAGCAUCUACACUCCCGCGGUGUUCGCGAGAAAGAGUUAAAACGUACAACAUGGGCGACGAUGGAAUCCUUCUUAGCCGUUACUGGUAAAAUUAAUGUUGAUCCUGGUAACGUCUCCGCCACGGAACUUCAAGCGGAACCAGAUGAUCCCAAUACGUCAAUUCCAAAGCCCGAUAAUCCGAAUAAUUGGGGCGAGCAAGUUGCGCUACGAGUAGAUGCUCAACUUUUGGAGCAAGUGGAAGCACUUGAAGAUAAAGUGGCUAAUGCUAGCAUGCAAGUCAAAGGUUGGAAGCUACCGCCGCGAGCGGGAACUGAAGAAGCCGAGGAAAUUGAGAAGUUGAAUGAAAUGGAAAAGAUUAGUGCAGUCGAGCAAGCUCGGCAAAGGUUACUUUCUUUGGAGGCAGCUAUAGAAAGAAGAUACUUAAAACCACCUUUAGGUGUUUGCACGGGAGAUCCCAAUUUGGCAGCCCUCAAGGCGGAACAAGCAGCAGCAGCCGCUAACGCAAACUCGAAUAAUUCUGAGCAGAAUAACCAGACGCCUGCACCGCCAGAAGAAACGACGCCACGGGGUCUGAACACCUGGCGGGAGGCGACGGCACGAGCGCAUACGUCGGCGCAACUCGCUAUGGCACUCUACAUGCUCGAGGCUAGCAUCGCUUGGGACAAGAGCAUCAUGAAGGCUGUGAGUCUAACAACAGCUAGAAACUCGGUCUGCGCCAAGCUACGAAACCGCUGCGUCUCACUCAAAGCUACCAAUCAGUACAAACAGCUAUUGACUACUUCUCAGACCUCUAAUUGCCAGUUUUGUCAUAGUGGAGACAACGAAGAUAAGCUGCUGCUCUGUGAUGGCUGUGACCGUGGCUACCAUACUUACUGUUUCCGUCCAAAAAUGGAAAACAUUCCUGAUGGUGACUGGUAUUGUCACGAAUGUAUGAACAAAGCAACAGGUGAACGCAAUUGUUUAGUGUGUGGAAAGAGAGCGGGUAAAAAUCUCGUCCUAUGCGAACUCUGUCCUAGGGCUUAUCACACUGACUGCCACAAUCCUGUCAUGCCAAAAAUACCACGAGGGAAAUGGUAUUGCUCUAAUUGCCACAGUAAACAACCAAAGAAGAGAAAUAGUAGUCGAAGGAGUCAUACCAAAGGGGGAGGCACCAGAGAAAGUGAAAGUUCUGAUCAUCCACCAGCUAGUCCAACGCCAUCAACGGCAUCGAACACGCACGUAGAGGAUGUCAGUUCGUCGGAACCGCCGACUCCUACCGCCUCACCACGGAAGGAGGGUAACAAUCGGACGCUCACGAAGAAGCAACAACGAGAGCUGGCGCCUUGUAAGAUACUCCUCGAACAGUUGGAGCAACAGGACGAGGCCUGGCCGUUCCUCCUGCCGGUGAACACCAAACAGUUCCCGACCUACAAGAAAAUCAUAAAAACCCCCAUGGAUCUCAGUACGAUUAAGAAGAAGUUGCAGGACUCCGCGUACAAGUCUCGCGAUGAGUUUUGCGCCGAUGUCAGGCAGAUGUUCAUCAACUGCGAGGUAUUCAACGAGGAUGACAGUCCUGUGGGCAAGGCCGGCCACGGGAUGCGCAGUUUCUUCGAAAUGCGCUGGACCGAGAUCACCGGUGCGCCGCCUCCACAUCCACAAACGCAUAGCUGAGGUUCGGUACGUUCGCGCAACACCUGCAACAGCUUCGCUCACUUCUACUAUUAGGAUAUGCGUCGCGUCACCGACAGUCGAUCGCGAUAGACCGACAGUCGUCGAAAGGGAUUGAUCCACCCUCUACCACUUCACUUCCAAGCAUUAGUCGGCCUCGUUCUAGCGGCCAAUCGAAUUUUCCAUUGUAAUAGUAAUUGCUGUGAACGCGGGUACACACUCGCCUAUUGUAUCAUCCAUUCUCGCUGUUCAUCACUUACGCGAGUGCGUUUUUCUCGCGUUUCAUAAAAUGCUCUAGUACUUGGGUAUACUGUGACACGAACGUCUCGUUCAUUUCCUUGUUAGCACCUAUGACGCGAUUUUCGUCAAACUUACUCAUUGUAAAGUAUUAUAGCGAGACGUUCUAAGCCGAUCGGACAUUCGGCUUCAGUUUAACGAAUAUUGAUAAAAAGUGCAACAAGUAUCGCACUUAAGGUCGAGAUCUUGGUCUCCGAUAACAAGCACUUCUCGACAUCGACGUGAUUAUUCAGAUAGAAGCAUGCGCGCAUCGUUUCGAUCUUCGUCGAUUAGGACGGAGCGAUGCGAAUGAUCAUUGUACUUACCGAUAAACAAGUGAACAUUUGCCUAAGCAACAAAAGUGUAAUUUGCGAUUGUAUUAUACGGGCUUAAUGCCGACGUAUCGUCGGCAAAAGAAAUAUUUUGCAAAGUAAUAAAUGUGAAAAAGAGAGAAGUUAUAUAUGUAUAUAU